AGUAUUUAAAAUUACAUUUUCCUUCCAAAUAGAAUAUUGUUUUCAUAAUGAAAAUUUCUAAAUCAAUAAAAACGUUCAACAUUUUACUAGACAAUUCAACAAGUAUUUAUACACCUGGUUCAUUAUUAACAGGUCAAGUAGUUCUUGAUCUGCUUAAACCUAAAUCAUUUCGAGCUUUAAAAUUGCGAUUCAAAGGUAAAUGUAAAGUUCGAUGGACUGGAAACUCUUCUGGAAGUGGAAAAAAUACACAAACUGAAGGUUAUACUGGAAGAGAGCAAUAUUUUGAUAAUGAGUUACUUCUCUAUGAAAAAAAAAGUGGUUCUGAAGAGUUAUCAACGGGGUUGCAUAAUUUUCGAUUCAAUUUCCAAUUACUCCACAACAUUCCAAGUAGUUUUGAACAUAAUAAUGGUUUUGUCAGAUAUACUAUUACUGCUAUUAUAGAUAGACCCUGGAAAACCAAUUAUGAGAUUACAACUGUAUUUAGAGUAGAAACUUCUCUACGAGUAGAUUCAUCUUCCUUAUUGCAAGGUAUAGAAGAUGAGAUUAGUGAAAAUUUAUGUUGUAAGAUAGUACCAUGUAUUCGUUCAAGAGAAAUUGAACUUCGAUUUCGAUUACCUAAAAGUGGGUACAUUUGUGGAGAUUAUAUUAAAGCAACUAUAGAUAUCGGUACUUGUCAAGUUAAAAAACUGAAAUUGAUGCUUGAACAGACAUUGUUGUUUCACUCAAGAAAAUUACACAAAAAAAAAUGUAUUACUAGUAUAAUAACGGAAACCAUAAAAGAGGGUCCAUUUGCAGAAGAUAUUAAAGAAAUUAUUGAACUAAGAGUACCAAUUGUUCCUGGUUCUCGUUUAGAAUAUUGUAACUUGAUAGAUAUUGACUAUAAACUUAUAUUUUAUGCCGAAGUUUCUAAUUGUAAUUAUUCAAUCAAAAGAAAAUACGACAUUUUCAUAGGAUCUGGGUCAUCAGCAUUAUUGUCUCAGCAACAAGUGAUCAACUAUCCUCCUAAUUUAGCAUCAACAAUUGUUCCAUCUGCACCUAAUUGUGAUUCGAAUUUAAUAUUAUCUCCACCAUUGCCAUUAGUACAUGAACAGAAGCCGAUUCUUCACAAUUUAAAUCUUUCUUCAUCAUGUUCAAACACAUCAUUGAAUCCAGUACCUCAACCAAUGUGUAACAUUGGAUUCAUUUAUCCUUAUCCUUCAGCACCAGUCGAUCCUACACUUGAAUCAUGUAAAAAUUAAAAAAAAACAUUGAUCAAGUUGAUGCCAAUUUUCGUACCACUGCCUAACCAAUUUUCUUAAAAAUAUUGUCAAACUAAAUACUUUUUUUCACAAUUCAACCAUUUUCUUGAUGUGUGAUUCUAAUUGUUGUCUAUUUCGGUGUAUCUCGUUAUGUCAGUAUUAAACAUAUCAAUUAUUAACA